AUGCACCAACUCAGCACCGACGGCGAAUUCGCCUUCAUUCUGGAGGAAAUGCUCUCCCUGUCGAACAACUUUGGUGCCAACACGGGCGAGGUCCUGCGGGCGGCGAGUCGGAUCACGGCUGGCGACUUUGAGAGUUUCCACGACGAGUUCAAGCUUCUUGCCGACGGCAUCCAUGACCAGGCCGUCUCCAUCAACGGCACCCGCUUUCCCGUCUCGGCGCGCGAGGCCUACUUCCGGUCAGCGAGCUACUACCGUGCCGCGGACUUCUUCCUACAUGGCAACACCAGCGAUCCUAGGAUAUACUCGCUGUGGGAGGCGGCGCUGGACGACUUUGACCGUGCUUUGGAACUGCUGCCGACGCUCGCGCAGAGGGUCCGCGUCUCCGCCAACAACUUCACCGUACCAGUCAUCUUUUACGAGCCGCCAGUGCGGUCGACGGAGAGCGACAAGGGCGAUUCGUCUGGGAAGCAAAAGAUUCCGACCGUCGUCGUGGGCAACGGCUUCGACAGCUCGCAGGAGGAGCUCUACCAUUUCCUUGGCCGGUCGAUCCUAGACCGCGGCUGGAACUUUGUCAGCUACGAGGGACCGGGCCAGCCGACGGUCCGGCGGCAGCAAAACCUCGGCUUCAUGGCGAAUUGGUGGGAGGUCGUGACGCCCGUCGUCAAUUAUCUGAGCCAAAGGCCCGACGUCGACGUGGACAGGGUGGCCCUCGUCGGCGUCUCCUUUGGCGGCACGCUGGCCCCCCUGGCGGCCUCGCGGGAGCAUCGCCUAUCGGCCGUCCUCGCCAUCGACGGGGUAACCAGCUUGUUCGCAUCGAUCGAGAAGCAGUUCCCCCCAGAGAUGAUGCAGCUCUACAGGAGCGGCAGACGAGCAGCAUUCGACGAGACGCUGCUGAGCGUCAUGGAAAACGGCACGUACCCAAGCCAACUGCGGUGGGCCAUCGGGCAAUCCCUCUUCGCCUUUGACACUCGCAGCCCGUACGAGGCCUUCUCGCGACUCGGCGAAAUCGUCGCCGACGCCGAGGUGCUGCGAAAGGUGACGUGUCCGACCUUUGUGGCGGCGGGCGACAACGACAGCAUGGCUCCGGGACAAGCCGAGGAGAUGGCGAAGCUGCUGAGCGACCGAGGCACCUAUCACCAGUUCAAGGCUCGCCUGGGCGCGGGCGAGCAUUGCCAGCUCGGAGCCGAGGCACAGCUGGCGCAAGUUGGGCUCGACUGGCUCGCAGAGGUGUGGGAUAGAUAG